GCAUUGAUAAUGUUAUCAUUAUCAGUUGCAAUUAUGGCUCCGAUAGCUACAUACGUGUUCCUAGACCUCGGUACUACCGGUACGGACCCCAAAGUGGACGAAAUAACAGAAUUGGCCAUGGUGGCGGUGAAUCGACAACACCUUCUUGAUACGAGCGAUUCGAAGUCUAAGAAGCUCAGGGUUCAACACAAGUUGAUACGCUGCUUCAAAGUUGAUAAAGAAAUGACUUAUAAAGCGAAAUCUAAUGGCAGAGGCGGCUUUAAGAACGAAGAUCUCCAACACGAGUGCUACUUCGACAAAUCUAGUUUUCCUAUGAUCGAUAAUUUCCUCAAUACUCUGAAGAAACCUGUGUGCUUGAUCGCGCACAACGGUGGGAACUUCGACUUCCCUAUAUUGAAGAGGUAUUUCACUAAACUCGGUGUUAAAUUCUCGGAUGCUAACCUCAUGUACGCUGAUACGUUACUGGCAUUCUCUGACAUUAUAGAGAACACAACAGCGUACGAGGAUGCUGGAACAUCAAGCGGCUGCGACUUGAACGAAAGCCCUCCUAAAAGGCAAUGUAUGGCACGAGGAAGAGUCCGACUACAUGCGAAAUACCGCAAAUAUCCGAACACACGCACAAAACACGAUAAUCCUGAAGAAUCAAACAAGCUGACAUAUGUAUACAAACGAUUGUUAAAUAAAUCUCCAAGGACAGCACAUCAAGGCGAAGCGGACUGUGACUUGAUGCUGAAGAUCGCAGAGCAUCUUGGUCGAAAGUUUGUAAAAUGGAUUGAUGAUGAUAAAUAUAAUCUUUGUCGCUUCCCUGCUGACGUACGUGACCCGUAAUGUUACUGAUUUAACCUCCUGAGAAGAAGUAAUUGUUUAGUUUUUGAAAUUGGAACCCCAAUUAACCUAUUAACCCCCUACCCAUUACCUACAGUCCUACACAAUAAAAGUUCAAAAUAGAUUUUGGAAUAAGUACAAUAUGCAGAGUCUUAGGAAGAGAAGAUAGUGGGCCAUCGGACUUUUUGAAACAAAUCAAUUACAGAAAUAAUUAAAUUCGAUAACUUAAUAAAAGUAGAAAAAUUUAAGUUACAAGUGAUGUUAAUAAACUUUAAAUUAUUGCACGUCUAAAUGG